AUUAUAGAUGCGCGGGUAUCAGGGGAAGCUGCUCGGCCGCAACGAAAAGUAGAGCCACAAAGCAUAGCUAGGAUCCGGAGUACCAGCCGAUCGAGCAGCAUCGGCGGAGAGCCAUGGCCAACAGCACCAGCGGAGAGCACUGUAUCCAGAUACCAGCUCACUGCGCCUCUAGACCAGCCAACAAGAAGAUCGCCGCGCCGGAGAAGCGGCUCAAUACUUUCGUACACGCCGUCGCGCUGAUCGAGAGGGUUGGCAACGCCUUGGGCACGCUGGCCUUCACGUGGGCCACCGUCGUCUUGCUCGGCGGCUACUCCAAAGACCUCAGCUUGGAGGAUGAUUUUUGGUAUGCGACGGCGAUAGUAUUCCUCGAAGCCGCAAGGAUGUUCACACGAAACAACAGACUGGAAUACCAACUGUUCUUUAAUACGAGGGGAGCUUUUAGACCUAUUGGCUGGACGAAUGGACUCGUUGCAAGCCUAUGCUUCUUAAAUAUUUUCGUGAUCCUCGCGGAGACAUCUGUUUUGCGAGGGUUUGUAUUGCUGAUAGUAGUACUUGCAACUGACCGGUUCCUGUUGGGGCCGAAACUGCACAUAUGCAAUGUGCUACGCCGUGCCACAUCACUGUGGAGCCCCUUGGUUGCAAUCCUACUGACGGCUCCCCCUCUGUCCAACGGCCUAUCGACCAGUUGGAUUGUAUUCACAGCACUACUUGUGCCAGUGCUAUUGGUAACAAUAAGCAGGCUACAGUUCACCAGAAUCAUCAAACUAGCGGAUAGUAUUCUUGGCAGGAAACAAGGAUUUUGGCGCCAAGUUGUUAUAAACUUGUGCAUUAUUUCUGCGCUAGUGAUGCACAAGCUACAAUCAUAUCCAUCCAUGUCCAUCUUAUGCAUGUGUGCUUUCUUGGUGGUGUCACUAGGCAACUUCCAGAUUCCGGCAGCGGUGUUGCGUAUUGUACUCGCAAGCUUCAGCUUACUGCACAAGUACAAUGAAAAUGAAAAGAGCCUCGCGGAAUCUCUUAAAAUCUUCUACGGGAUGGUGCUUGGACAAGGAAUCCUCUAUGUUCUGGCCUGCAUGCUCGAGUUUUUUUCAUUCAUCCCUCGGAGAUACCUUAUCCACUGUGGUGGGUUUAGAGGACGAUGGGGUGUGGAAUCUGUCAAUCUGUACUAUGCAUACGCCUUGGAGAAAUGCAUGCAGCAGGGUGUGCUUGCUCCAAAGAAGAUCAGCCUCAGCAACUUUGCGAUGGAUUCUCUAAACUCGGAUUCACCCAAGAAUCAGCUCCACGGUAUUCGUCUGAUGCACAACUUUCUGAAAUGGGAACCAACCAGGGCACAGCUCCUUCCAAAACUCGACACUUCUACCAAUACGGUGGACAGAAUAAUCAGGAUGUUGGAUUGGACAAGUCCAAAGGAUACAAUUAUCAGAUUAUAUGCCGCAAAGGUCACCGCUGAACUUGCAAAGGACCUCCGUGUUGUCACUUUCCCCGGUACAUUACAGCUUGUGUCCGCACUUUUUGAUGCUCACAGUGGAACAAAAAGAGGAAAUCCGCUUCUAGACACAGAUGAUGAACAAGAAGAAAAACAAGAUCAAUUUCUGGAAGAUAGCCAAGAGCAAGAACAUCAUACAGUAAGGGAUGUGGCUGAUAACCAAGGGCAAAGACGAGACCAACUUCAAGACACCGAUAAACCGCUCGAGGAAACACAAACCUGCUCAACCCAACAAGCCCACAACGAUAAACAUGGUUCUUACAUACUCAGAUGCUGGCAGCGGAUUUUAGAAUUACGUUCAGUUCCCAAGGAGGAGUUGUCAACAGACCACGAUCUUCUCCCAGCACUGGCCAUGUCAAUUAUUGAAAGUCUUGCUAGCUGUGAUCAGGAAAACUGUGUGGAAAUCAGCAAUGCAGCUAACCUCAUCCCGAAGAUCAUAGGAUUCACAAGAUUCAGACAUGCCACGAACACUGUGGAUACCGAAACACAACAAAAGUUCCUGCUUAAGUCAUCACUAACAGUGCUGCAAAGACUCACAAGCAUUGGCGGGGAAAUCGGCAUAACACUACGGUACAAGAUAUCAAAACAUCCCUUCCUAUUGAGAAACCUUGCAGAAACCUUGGAGUACAACAGGAACAGCCAGGAAUUGAGAAAGUUGGUGGCAGGAAUCCUCAGGAAUAUUGCCAUUGAUGGGAACACAAGGCAGGACAUUGGCCGCAUUCAAAUAAUCAUCACCAGGCUCACACAGGCAUUUCUCAAUGGAGAAGGAACCAUGAGUACCAAUGCUGAUCACUUAUCACGGAAGGUCACCGGGCAAGCACUGGCAAUGCUCACAACAGAAAGUGUCCAAAAUUGCUUGAUUGUGUUGAAGGAACCAGAGUUUAUUAAGAAACUCAAACAUUUGAUCUUCAUCCAUGGUGGCAAGUACAUAUAUGUUGCAGCAAGCCUGUUGCGCAAUCUGUGCCUACAUGCUGAACCCGAGCUCAGAGAGUCGGACCUGAAGGAACUAUCUCAUACCUUGAGAGAGGUGUUGGAAAAAAUAAUUGACGUGGAAGGGGCAGAACUAGAGAUCCUCAUUGGCCUUAGCUCACAGAUUUGUAAAAUCAUCCCUGAAGACUUUAGCCAGGAACUAGAAGGCGGUCAGAUUAAGCAGAGAUUCGUGAAGAGGCUCAUUGAUGCGUUGAAUACAAACAUGGAACCUAGUGCUCAUUGUCCUGGGAUCAGAAGGGUGAUACUUGAGCAAGUUAUUAACAUGGUGGAGUGCAAUUAUCACUAUGCAGACUAUUUGAACGAAUUCAGGAUGACAGAAGUCCUAUCAAUGGUAGAACAAACACUGUCGAAGGCUGAGGACUACAAACUCUUCUUGGGUGAUGCAGGUUUCAUGGAGUACAGCACCCCUAUCUCCGCUCUUUUGGCAAGAGCAAAAGAGCUUAUGUGUCGUGACUGACUAUGAUUUAACCAUAAAUGGUAGUAAUUCUCAACAAAUUCGUAUUAUUAUUUCAUAAGAAUCCAGGUCCGAGGACAAAAGAACAAUCUUGGCUUUAGAGUCACAAGGUGCUGACAUAGUUGUAGAGAUUUCAUAUCUGUAAUUUGAACCUGAGAUUAAGAAAAUAGUAGAUGUAUGUACAGCCUUUUAUAAUGAAAAAUACUUUCAUUUGCAGUGG